AUGUGGCUGGGCAAGGGCGGCAACCCUAAGCACAAUUGGAACCUCACAAUUCUCAUUUUCCAUCGACGGCACACUAACGACUCAUCCACCACAGCGACAAUCACAAUGGGGCGUCUUACUGAGUACCAGGUCAUCGGGCGUCACCUGCCCAACGAGGCGAACCCCACGCCCAAGCUGUACCGCAUGCGCAUCUUUGCGCCCAACACUGUUGUGGCUAAGUCGCGUUUCUGGUACUUCAUGGCCCAGCUCCGUAAGCUCAAGAAGGCUAACGGCGAGAUCGUUUCCCUGAACGUGAUCGAGGAGAAGCGUCCCCUCAAGGUCAAGAACUUCGGUAUCUGGAUCCGCUACGACUCGCGCUCCGGCACCCACAACAUGUACAAGGAGUUCCGUGAGAUGAGCCGCACCGACGCUGUUGAGGCCCUCUACCAGGACAUGGCUGCCCGUCACCGCUCCCGUUUCGGUUCCAUCCACAUCCUCAAGGUUGUUGAGAUCGAGAACAACGACAGCAUCCGCCGCCCCUACAUCAAGCAGCUCCUCCAGAAGGACCUCAAGUUCCCUCUGCCCCACCGCGCCGGUGGCAAGGUCGGCAAGAAGGUCUUCGCCUACUCUCGCCCCUCUACCUUUGCUUAAAUGUGAUGUUCUGGGUGUUGGGUUUGGGAGUGUGUGCGGAUGAUGACUGUUUAUGGCCAUAGCAUGCAUGAAAGAUGGUCACGUGGAAGCCACCGCCCAGUUCACGGGCGAGAUGGUUGGAUGUCCCUAGUUCCCCGUAUGGUGGCAUCUUUAGGUUAUUUUGAAAAAAAUCAUCGGGUU